AUGCAUCCGAGGUCGCGUCAACCGGUUACGCAUUCUUCCUAUUUUGCUGGAUCGGCGGGGGCGGUGACGCAGAAGGGCCCCCAUGUGCUGCCCCUGACGCACGUCUCCUCCUCCCUCCUCUUCGAGUCUUCGCCCGUGACCCAGUGUCUGGAAAUCGCUCUACACGGAUCACCACAAGCUGCUUUUGUUGGGUCGUCCUACAGGCUGAGCUGUCUAAUCUCCGACACCGACAACACCACAGGGGACAUUACUUUCUUCAGGAGAGUCACUGCCAUGUGUUUCCUUAGGCAGUCUCCCGAUGGAUGUAGAACGGGAUCCGUUCAUUGGCCGGGAUAUAGUUGCGACUGUCCUUCGGUAGCCAGUCAGCAGCGAGUUUACACUUUGAAUAUAUCAAGCCUCAACGAGGAGGAUGGAAUGCAUUGGGGAUGUCUGUAUCGACGCGUUAAUUCCAACUUCGUAACAAUACCAGUUAGUUAUCCACCUUCUGUGACGUCAUUCACAAUAAACGCGCGGUCCGACUCCAUGACGACCGUUAAAGAAGGCGUACCUGUUAGUCUGACUUGUGACGUGAGAAGUGACCCGGUUUCAACUGUCCAAUUAACGAAGGGAUCACAGAAGUUGUGUCACCCGCGCCAGUCAAGAGCUGAGUGCAACUGGAUAGCUGGGUGUCUGGAUUCCGGGGAGUACACGUGCACUGCAGACAAUGGCAUACAGCCGUCCGACAGCAGGACUGUAAAAAUGGCCGUCAGAUGUUCGCCGCGAUUGGAUCAGCGGCAUGUCAAUCAAGCACGCACCCUCCUGGCGCAUGUCAAGGACAACGUAACGCUACGUGUGUUUACGAUAGCCAAUCCGCGGCCGAAAUUCAAGUGGAGGAAGUUGCAUAAUAACGUAGAACACCGCCUUGCGUCGAGAGCGCCCACGACAUCAACGACCUCGACAGCAGUGGGCGAAUACACCCUCGUGAAUGUCAGCCACAGCGGCACCUACAGUGUGUACGUGCACAACGGCGUAGGGUCUGCUCUGGUGGUAUACUUCACGGUGUCGGUGGUGGAGCAAGGUAAGGACAGAGGGAGACGCUGCUAGUGAUGGUUAUUUGUUUUGUUUAACGACACCACUAGAGAACAUUCAUUUAUCAAUCAUCGGCCAUUGGAUGCCAAACAUUUGGUCAUUUUGACAUAUAGUCUUUUAGAGGGA